AUGACCGCUUCCACUUCCGCCGGACCCCUGGCCGGCGUCGCAGUUCUGGACCUAACCCAAAUCCUUGCGGGGCCGAUGUGCACAAUGGUGCUGGCCGACAUGGGUGCGGACGUGAUCAAGGUCGAGAAGCCCAACGGCGGCGACGACAACCGGCGGAUGGGGCCUCCCUUCGUCAAGGACUGGUCGGCAGGGUUUCUUGCCGUCAAUCGCAACCAGCGGAGCCUGGCGCUUGAUCUACAGAACGAAGAAGGACGCAAGGUCUUCAAACGGCUGGUUGAAGGUGCGGACGUGGUCGUCGAAAACUUUCGACCCGGCGUCAUGGAGCGGUUGGGCUUGGCGUACGAGGAGCUGAGGAAGAUCAAGCCAGCCUUGGUGUACUGCACCAUCUCGGGAUUCGGCAGCACCGGGCCGGCGCGAAACCGCGGCGGAUUCGACUUGGUGGCGCAGGGUGUCAGCGGGUUGAUGAGCAUCACGGGACAUCCCAACUCGCCGCCGGCCAAGGUUGGCGUGCCCAUCACCGAUCUCACCGCAGGCCUGUAUGGGGCCAACGGGAUCAUGGCGGCCUACAUUCACGCGCUGAGGACCGGGGAGGGCCAGAUGGUAGACACCUCCCUGAUGGAGGCGGGGGUUGCCUACACCGUCUGGGAGUCGUCGGUCUAUUUCGCUGAAGGGGAGAUUCCCGGACCGCUGGGUUCGGCGCACCGGGUCUCGGCGCCGUACCAGGCCCUGCGUACGCGGAACGGCUACCUGAACCUGGGUGCGGCGACGCAGCCGACCUGGGAGCAGCUAUGCCGGGCCAUCGGCCUGGAGGACCUGAUGGAGGACGACCGGUUCCGCAACCCGUGGGACAGGAAGGCCCGGGAGGAGGAACUGGCGGCCCUGCUGGAGGAGACCUUUUCGACCGAUGAUACGGAGCGCUGGCUGGAGCUGCUGGAUGGUGCAGGGGUGGUCGCCGGACCGAUCUACAACAUGGAGCAGGUCUACCAGGACCCCCAGGUGUUGGCCCGGGAGAUGCUGGUCGAAAUGGAAGACCCAGACCUGGGGACGAUACGGAACAUCGGGGUGCCGGUGAAACUCUCAGAGACUCCGGGCAGCAUACGGAGGCGAGCACCGGCGCUUGGGGAGCACUCGGCGGAGAUCCUGCUGGAGUGGGGGUUCGGCCAGAACGAGGUGGACGGCCUGCUGGCUGAUGGCGUCAUCCUGGCGAACCAGGGCAGCGGCAGCCGCCGGUAG